AUGCACCCGCAUCAGCAAGCACCCGCAUCAGCACACGUACCCGCAUCAGCAUCAGCACAUGCACCUGCAUCAGCAUCAGCACCUGCAUCAGCACAUGCACGUAUCAGCAUCAGCACCGUAGCAUCAGCACCUGCAUCAGCACAUGCACCCGCAUCAGCAUCAGCACUAGCACCUGUAUCAGCAUCAGCACAUGGCACCCGCAUCAGCACAUGCAUCAGCACCAGGCACCCGUACCAGCACCCGUGCAUCAGCAUCAGCACAUGCAUCAGACCAGCUCAGCACCCGCAUCAGCAAUCUGCAGACCAGCACCAGCACCGCAUCAGCAUCAGCACCCGCACCUGCAUCAGCAUCAGCACCUGCAUCAGCACCUGCAUCAGCACAUGCACCCGAUCAGCAUCAGCACAUGCACCCGCACCCGCAUCAGCAUCAGCACCUGCAUCAGCACCGCAUCACAUCAGCACCGCAUCAGCACCUGCAUCAGCACUAGACCCGCAUCAGCAUCAGCACAUGCACCUGCAUCAGCAUCAGCACCCAUCAGCACCUCAAACGCAUCAGCACCGGGACGCACCUGCAUCAGCAUCGCGCCAGCACCCGCAUCAGCACAUGCAUCAGCACCAGCACCGUACCAGCACCUGCAUCAGCACUCCAGCACAUGCACCGCAUCAGCAUCAGCACACGCACCUGCAUCAGGUUCGCAUCAGCACUAGCACCCGUACCAGCACCUGCAUCAGCAUCAGCACAUGCACCGCAUCAGCAUCAGCACCUGCAUCAGCACCAGCACCUGCAUCAGCAUCAGCACAUGCACCUGCAUCAGCACAUGCACCCGUACCUGCAUCAGCAUCAGCACCCGUAUCAGCACCCGUAUCAGCACAUGCACCCGUCAGCAUCAGCACAUGCACCCGUACCUGCAUCAGCAUCAGCACCCGCAUCAGCACCUGCAUCAGACAUGCAUCAGUACCCAGUACCGCACUAGCACCAGAACAGCAUCAGCACAUGUACCCGCAUCAGCAUCAGUACAUACCUGCAUCAGCAUCAGCACCUGCAUCAGUACCUGCAUCAGCACAUCAGCACCUGCAUCAGCAUCAGCACCAGCACCUGCAUCAGUACCAGUACAUGCACCUGCAUCAGCAUCAGCACCUGCAUCAGCACUAG